AUGGAACAUCCAGCAUUCACUUUAUCAGGGCUUUGCGCCAUUGGAGGAAUUAUGGGCUAUGUCCGUAAAGGAUCACUCCCCUCCCUCAUUGCCGGUACUGCCGUCUCUGUCUUGUAUGGCUACUCUGGCUACUUGUUGAAGCAAAAUGCCAACUACGGAAUCGAAUUGGCUCUUGGUACAAGCUCCAUCUUGUUGGUUGCAGGUUUGGCAAGAGCCAUCCCCACAGGUUUCCAGAAACCAGUUCCCUUAAUCUUGCUCUUGCUUGGAAGUGUGUCAACUGGAUAUUACUUUAAAAAGUACAAUGAUUUCUACCCAAUCUUUAAAACAGAUUAA